UUUAUUUCUGGUUUCGUGUUCAUGUAUUCCCUGUGUUGUGUAUUCCUUGCUGUAAACAUUACAAUAAACAGGAUAACUCAAUGCUUCUACUCACUGUAAAAAUAGUGUACCUUAAACUGAAAUAAGCUUAUGUCAUUAACAUUAUUUUAACUCAUGAGUAAAACAAAUACAAUGAAUGAAGAUGAAUUUAUAAACAAGCUCAACAAAAUAGAAAUAUCCAUUAAAGAGUUGCAAGAUCAACAAAGAAAAAUUGCCAACAAAAUAAAAAUUUUGACUGCCGAAAAGGAAGACCUCCAGAACCAGUACAGUUUGGCCAAAAUUAAAAAUCGACCUGAUCCCAGCAAGUGGACUGAAUCAAAAUUCGAAUGGUCUGAUAAGGCACAUUCUAUUCUGAAAGAAAAAUUCAAAUUUGAGAGUUUCCGAUUGAAGCAGCUUGCUGCCAUUAAUGCAACUUUAUCUAAGAAAGAUGUAUUACUACUUAUGCCAACAGGUGGAGGAAAAAGUCUGGUGUAUCAGCUACCUGCCCUUAUCAAUAAUCGACUUACUCUUGUUGUUUCACCUCUAAUAUCAUUAAUAGAGGACCAAUUAAUGGCUUUACGCAAACUUAAUAUACAAGCAGACACAUUGAAUGGUAGUACAUCUAAAGAAGAUAAAAAGAGGAUUCAUAAUAAUAUGAUAAGUGAAAACUCUAAACUGAAGUUAUUAUAUGUAACCCCUGAAUGGGUAGCUAAAAGUAAAGUUUUCAUGACUUAUUUGCAAAAAUGUUUUGACAAGGGAUACCUGGAUAGGAUAGUGAUAGAUGAAGUUCACUGCUGUUCUACUUGGGGCCAUGACUUUCGGCCAGAAUAUAACCAACUUGGAUUUUUUAAAUCAAUGUUUACUGGAGUCCCACUACUUGGAUUAACUGCUACAGCAACAAUGAAUAUACUUGUUGAUAUACAAAAUAUGUUGAGUUUAAAAGAUGCUGUUAUAAUAACAGCUCCCUUCAAUAGGCCAAAUCUAUAUUAUAAGGUAGUUGACAAGCCACCUGAUAAAACUAAAUGUUUAGAUGCACUUGAGAAAUUGCUCAAGCAUAAAUACAAUAAUCAAUCUGGUAUAAUAUAUACCUCCACUAUCAAAGAUUGUGAAGAAUUGAGCGAGGGUCUGAGAAAAAGAGAUCUUAAGGUUAAAUUCUACCAUGCUCAGUGUGAACCAGAACAUAAGAAGAUUAUUCAUGAGAGAUGGAUGCAAAAUAAAUAUCAGGCAGUUAUAGCAACUAUUGCAUUUGGAAUGGGCAUAGAUAAACCUGAUGUUCGCUUUGUUAUCCAUCAUGCAAUUCCUAAAAGUAUGGAAGGUUUAUAUCAAGAAAGUGGAAGAGCGGGUAGAGAUGGACAAAAGUCUGAUUGUAUUCUAAUGUUCAAUUUAUCAGAUUUCUUACGAAAUGUUAGCAUGGCAUCUUCAGUGGUUGAAGAGAAAAACGCCAAGUCCAUUUUGAGCUAUUGCUUGGACCAGACAAGGUGUAGAAGAGCGCUGAUAGCUGAACAUUUUGAAGACACUUGGAAUCAAGCAGAUUGUGUAAAAAUGUGUGACCAUUGUAGAUAUCCAAAAAAAAUUAUAAAUUAUGAUAUUUCAAGAGCUCUACAAGAUAUUCUGACUUUAAUCGAAGCUGCCAGUAUGAAAGAAAUCAAACUCACUCUGAAUAAACUGAUAUCAGGAUGGUUCCAAGUUGGUUCCAAAGAGCUUCGAAUAUCCUCUUUGAAGAAGCCAAGUUGCACAAAAGAACAAGCUGAGUAUGUCGUUGGAUUUCUGAUUCAUAAAGGAUAUUUAAAUAUAGAUAAGGGGUAUACAAUGUACACCACUGUGGCAUAUAUACAAAAAGGGUCAUACUCUGAACAAAGAUGUAUUGUAAUGGAUACUGUUCAAAACAUGGGAUAUCCAAAAGUUGUAGCUGAUGUAAUAAAUAUUGACUCUGCAGAGGAAAUGGCCCCCCCAAAGAAGAAAUUUAAAUGUGUUCAAUAAAACCUUUAGAAUAUUUUUCAAUAACUGUGAUAUAAGUAUUUAUUAUAUUACAUUUUGUAUUU